UCCUACACCGAUGCUCACUUGUCGAUCGGCAUUUGUGUACACAAAAUCCUCAAGAGAGGUUAAUCGUGUUGUGUCUUGUCGAUUUUGUCCUAUCAAGGGAGUGGAAUGUGAUUUAUCCAGCAAAAAACAACAUUAAAAAUGGCAUCCGUUGAAGAGGUGCUCAAACUGAAGCGAGGUCAGGUUGACCCUUGGUCCAUCAGAGAGAAGUUAUGUCUGGCCUCUAGUGUAGUUAGAAGUGGCAACCAAAAUUGGAUGUCAGUAAGUCGAAGUCUUCGUGGUUUUGGUGGAGAGCCUGGGCGCCCUGCUGAUUGGUUCUCCCAGAAGAGUUGUGCAGUGCAGUACGACAACCUUCUGACUCAAAUAGAAACCCCGAAGCGGAAAAAACGAGGAGCCGAUGGUUCAAAGGCUGAGGGUGUGGAUCUUACUCCUGCUGAGGUCAUUGUGAAACAGCUAACAGGAGAAAGGAUCGAGGAACUGCGGAAACUCAUGGCAGAGGCACGUGCUGUCUACAUGAGGGACAAAGAAGACCUUUGUUUAGUUCAAAACGGACAAGCAGACGACAGACUACAGGACCUCAUCCUUCAAAUUCAAGAGGAAAAGAAACAAGAAGAAGCCAAACAGGAGGAGCAACAGCGGUACUUACGUCAAAGGGAAGAGCGAAAACAGGAGAUGGAAAUGGCUUGGCGUCCUCAUGCUGCCCAGCAACACACCCGUGGAGCGGGCUCUCAAGCUGCUCGAAGGCCCAGCAACCAAUCUGAAUUAGGAAGUGAAACAGAUAACUUGGAGAGCCCAUCUGAACAACCAACAACAACAGAAGAAGUGGUUGAACCCAAACCUGUUUCUACUCCAACAUCACCUUUGCUCACCAGUCUUCUCAAAAGUCCUUCACCAGUUACUGGUGUACAGUCAUCCUCAAUACUACAUUCAGCCAUUACAUCACAGCGUGGUGCAUCCCCAACUAUUACUAGCCUUCUUAAUUCAUCACCAGGGGUGCCUAGCUCUACAACAUCCAUACCAUCAUCACCUAAUAUCAAAUCUCUUGUAUCAAAUGCCUUGGCAGGGCAUGAUGAUGUUCCUAAACCUCAACCUCAUAGUACAUCCAGCUCCCCUACCUUGUCCAUGUUGCUUGAGCUUCCUCCGUCCACUCCUGGAAAGCUCCCUGAGCUCCCCCCGUACAGUGCUACCAGUGCUACGAAGCAGCCUGUCAGGCCUGUCAGCACGCCCACUUCCAAACCAGGUGAUGAAGUGGAGGAGCCAACUGUUGAGCUUCUGCUAGUGGGUGCUGAGCCCCUUCAGCAGUGUCAACCAGCAGCACAACCCUUGCUAGAAGUAGAGACCCCUAAAUCCCUAAACCUCAACGAACUGUCAAAAGAACCUAUUCAGGGUCCUACACCCUCUGAGGAAUGUCCCCCAUCAGUAGAAUUUCUGCUGGGCAUAGAAAGUCACGAUUCUUUAGAGAUGAGCUCACCUGUGAUAGAAUCUCUUCUUGAAACCAAUGACAAACCAGAAGCAGAGAACCACACAGACUUUGAGAAAUGCAAACUAGCUGUUGAAACUCAUUGUGAAGUUGAAUACUCUCAAUCUGACAUGCCAAGUGAACCAACAACCGGACCCUUGCUUAAUAUGGUGACCAGUAAAUUUGUAGAGUUAAAUACCAACUCAGAACUUAAGUCGGAAGUUGAGGAACCAGCAACUCCUGUUCAGGUGCAACCACUUUCUAGCCAGGACGAAGAGUCCCUUGAACUCAUAAGAAAAGAAGUAUCUGAAAAGACUCUUCCUACAAAUCUACUAUCUGAUAUAGGAGCCCUUGAAUUGACAGAGACUUGCAAUACCAACGUGUCCCUGGAAGUAGCUGCACCAGAUAAAGAAAAAGCUCAAGAUUCUCUUCAAAGUGUCCCUCUUAAUGAGUUCACUGAUGUUUCUCUGCAAGUGACUUCCAAUGAGACUGAUCAGCAAGGAAUUUCCUCAGAAAUAUCCUCACCACAAGAUGUAGAGCCAGCAGAUAAAAUUGUUGCCACAGCACUUUCGGAAGCUUUGGACACACUCAAAAAGGAGCCUCUGCCUGAGAAUGUGGAAAUAGUAUUACCGGAGGGAACUGAAACUAGAGUUCCUGAAACAGAAAGUAAAGUUAGUCUUGAUGCUGCUGACUUACAGCAGCUCUCCACAGAUGAACUUGAGCAGUAUGUUGUGGAUCCUGCUUCAAUAGGUGUUGUCCUCGAAGAGCUUGUACCAGGGUUGGUGGAUGGAGACGGUGUGUGUCUUUUGAAUUUGGAAGAUGCUGAUGUCAGUAACAUGUUGGAAGCCAAUGAAACCAAUGAAGGAACUGUUGCAGAACCAGUAACCGAUCAGGUUGAAACCAACUCAAACAAAGAUGAUGAAGUGCCCCAAGGUGAUGUUAAGGAACAAAUUGAGCCUGUUUCUGUCAUGCACACAUCUCCCGCUCACCAAUCGCCCCAACGCGCCAUUGCAACCCCCCAAUCUGCUGCACCGUCACCUCGCAUUGCUGGACGACCCUCCAAAGGAAACAUGGUUGCUCGGAACAUUGUUAUGGAGCAGGAGGAGUUGGCCAAACCUUCUACAGUGCAAAGCAAUAGUCCACAGGUGGUGGGAGAUACAGAAACAUUAUCACGUGAAGAUUUAGAAAACGCCAGUAUUGUGUUUAUGCAGGAUGGUAUGCUUGUCCAAGGUGGCGUAGUCAUGCAGGAUGACUUGGUCAUGAAUCUCAAUGAAAGUAGGCAGACGGCCAGUAUAGUGAAUGAUAUUCAGGUGCUUCAAGAUGCUCCCAACAGUAGUGUUGUUGUCAUUCCUCAUGAAGAUGUUGCCAGUGAAAAAGAAGUGGACAUCACCCAGGCUGUACUACCAUCUUCUGUGUGUGAGUCAGUAAGUGUGGCGGUUGAGAGCGACAAAUGUGUAACACCUAAGAAAGAUGACCAGAAGGUGGAAAACAGGUCUCCCAGCAAAACACCUCUCAAAUCUAGUGAAGUCAGUCCUAUAAAGAAGAUUGCUGAUGAUACCAAAGUCAAAUCAGAUUCACCUGCCGCAAAGCUGUCAAAACUUCCUGCCAAUGAAGUUGAGAAAACUGAUACACCUGAAUUGCAAGAAGUAAGCAAAACUGCAGCUCCAGCUCCAAGCAUUCAAGAAAAUGCAAAGGAAAACGUAGCAGAGGUCACGGAAGUUGAAAGCACCAAAAAACCAAGCCCUCUAUCUCCAAGAGAAAAGCUUCCCAAACCAAAGCCAGUGCCUCCCACAAAGAGAGACAAAUCACCUGUCGUUAGUGAAAGUUCUAACGAAGUGGCAUCUGAAGACGACAGCGUUAAGGAAGAAAUCCUUGAUGAACCCAAAAACGAUUCUGAUCUAAAGAUACCAGUUAAGAAGACUGAGGAAGAAAAGAAAAGUUCUGCCUCCAAAGUGCAAAUGGAGGAUGAAAAUGCCAGGGAUGCAGAUGCUGAUCCUCCAGCUGUUCAGAUCAAAGAAGAGAAAAUUAGGGCAGACACACCAUCCACAGAGGAUGACAACACAAGAGAUAUUGAACCACCUCAACCUGUCAAACGAGGUAGAGGCCGCUAUGCACGAGAGAGUAUUGCCAGCUCAGAUUCUGUUCCAAACAGUCCUGCUGCCACCAAUGUUAGCGCUGAUGAUGAAAAGGAUUAUCGGUCAUGGAAAAAAUCUAUUAUGUUGGUUUAUAAUCGCAUUGCUCAGCAUAAAAAUUCAUCUAUUUUCCUGAAGCCAAUCACUGAUGACAUAGCUCCAGAAUACAGCUCAAUGAUUCUCAGACCAUUUGAUCUUCAAACCAUAAAGAAGAAUAUAGAAAAUGGUAGAAUCCGUACCACGGACGAGUUCCAAAGAGAUAUCAUGAUUAUGUUCAACAAUGCAAUCAUGUACAACAAGAGCAACUCACCAGUCCAUAUAAUGGCUCGUGAAAUGCAGGAGGAAGGUGUUAUGCAUCUGAAUGAGUUCAAGAACACACAAUUAGUUUUGCAAACCGUUGGUUCGGAAGGUGGUCAACUUUUAUCUCGUCGAGGAACUCGUACAGCUGACAAGAGAGAUCAGGAUUCAGAUGGCAUUAGCUCACGGAGAUCAGGGUCUGUUACUGGGUUGUUAGGCAAGAGGAAAAGGUCAAUGCCUGAUGAUAGAGUAACUCCUAAAAGAAGAAGAGAUGAUGAUUAAGCAGCAGUUCAUUUAGUUUGGUUCCUCAAUUUUUACCUUUUCAAAGGAUUGUACAUUGAUGAGUAAUUUAUGUCUGUAAUAUAGUUACUGUCCGUAUUGUUCUGUUUUUUUGUUAGUUUUUCUUUUUUACAAUUCAGAUAUAACUAUUCACUCUUAUGAUUGACAAAUGGGAAGUUUUUUUAAACAAUUAAAGACCUAUAAAACUUAA